CCCGUCCGGGGCUGUUCGGGACCCGCCCGGGGCCAAUCGCGCCCGGUCGGGACGCGGAGCCGCCCGGGGAGGGGUCACCCUCAGCCCCGCGGCCCCUCCGGGCGCCCACAGCGAUGCCCUUCAUCCUCCUCCUCCUCACCAUCAUCCCCGGGGGGCUGGCCCAGACCUUCCCUCGGGACCUGGUGGCUCGCAGCACCGUGGGGCUGGCAGCCACCGCCGCCUGCCCGCGUUUCGGGGGUCUCCGUGGGGACAACGGCUCGGCCCAGCUGGGCCUCGGCUUCCAGCACAUGCUGCGCCUCAACGGGACCCUCCUCGUGGCUGCACGGGACCACAUCUACGCCUUCGACCUAGGGCAGGACGAGGGGCUGCUGUACCCAGAGCGGCACCUCACCUGGGAGCCGCGGGACAGGGAGAACUGCGCCAUGCGGGGCCGGCUGCAGGACGAGUGUCACAACUACAUCCGAGUGCUGGUGCCCCGCGACGCCGGCACCCUCCUGGCCUGCGGCACCAACGCCUUCAGCCCCCGCUGCCGCACCUACCAGGUGAGCAGCCUGACGCAGGAGGGUGAGGAGGUGAGCGGCCAGGCACGGUGCCCGUUCGAUGCGAAGCAGAGCGUCGUUGCCCUCUUUGUCGAUGGCAGCUUGUACUCGGCCACUGUGGCCGACUUCCAGGCGAGCGACGCCGUGAUCUACCGCAGCCUCAGCCCCGGCCGCCCGCCGCUGCGCACCCUCAAGUACAGCUCCCGCUGGCUGCAGGAGCCGCACUUUGUCCGGGCGCUGCCCUACGGCCCCUACGUCUACUUCUUCUUCAGGGAGGUUGCGGUGGAGCUCGGCGCCCUGGGCAAGGUGGCCGUGGCGCGGGUGGCGCGCGUGUGCCGCAACGACCGCGGCGGCUCCCCGCGGGCGCUGGAGCGGCGCUGGACGUCCUUCCUGAAGGUGCGGCUGCACUGCGCCGUCCCCGGAGACGCCGUCUUCUACUUCGACGUCCUGGAGGCCGUGACACCCCCCUGGGCCCUCCACGGCCGGCCCGCCGUCCUCGCCCUCUUUGGCACUCAGCCCAACAGCAUCCCCGGCUCGGCCGUCUGCGCCUUCUACCUGGCAGACGUGGAGCGGGCGUUCGACGGCCCCUUCGCCGAGCCCCGCGGCGCCGCCGGCACGUGGACCCCGGUGCCCGAGGACAGGGUGCCCCAGCCCAGGCCCGGCUGCUGCGCCGGGACGGGAGCGGCCGCCGGCAUCGGCACCUCUGGGGAUUUCCCCGACGAGACGUUGGCCUUUGCCAAAGAGCACCCGCUGCUGCACGGCGCCGUGGCGCCCGCCGGAGGGAGGCCGCUCUUCACCCGCACCGGCGCCAGGCUGACACAGCUGGCCGUGGACGUGGGCGCGGGGCCGUGGGGGAACCAGACCGUGCUCUUCCUGGGUGCUGAGGACGGGCGGGUGCUGAAGGUUCUGGUGGCCACACGGCAACCAGAGGCCACCAGACACCCCGCUGGCACCUCAGCACCCGGUGAGACUGGGGACCCUGGGGACACGGGGGACACAGGCUCUGAGCCGCUGCUGCUGGAGGACAUCAGCCUCUACGACCCUGCGCGGUGCCGGGGACCACGAGGUGCCAGCCGGGUGCUGGGGCUGGAGCUGCACCCGCCGGGCCGGGAGCUCUACGUCGCCUUCGCCGGGUGCCUGGUGCGGCUGCCCCUGAGCCGCUGCGCCCGGCACGGAGCCUGCAGGAGGAGCUGCCUGGCCGCCCGGGACCCCUACUGCGUGUGGCUGCCGGCUGAGGGCUGCGUCCCCUUCUCCAAGGACCUGCCGAGCGGCUUCGAGCAGGACGUGGAGGGAUCCCCCGGGAUCGUGGGGAGCUGCCCGGGUGAAGAUGCACCAGCUGCAGGGGACAGCGAUGGGGACGUGGCUCAUGGCGUGCGCGGUGCCGAGGCGGCGGCGGCGGUGCCGGUGCCGGUGCUGGUGGGCUGCGUGCUGGGCGCCUUUGCGCUGGGUGCCGUGGCCGCCGGGCUGAUGGCGACCGGCUGCCGCCGGCCCCCCGGCCACAAGGGACCCCCGGAGCCCCCCGGCCCCGCCGCCGCCCCGCCGCCCCCGGCCCAGCCGCCCGCCCCCCGCCUGUACCCGCCGCUGCCGGCCCCGCGGGACCCCCCGGAGCUGCCCACCCCAGAGCCCACCCCGCAGCCGCCCCGGGCGGAGCCUCGUCGCGGCCAGGCCGCCCACCCCGGCCCCGUGGGCUGCCCGGAGCCCCCCGGGCCUGGACCCCCGGCCAAGGCCGCGCUGGAGGAGCUGCUGCAGCGGCUGCACGGGGCGGGGGGCUCGGGGUGGCCUGUGACGCCCCCCGCCGCCGGCUCCUUUGCCAACCGCGUGCGGCCGGGCGCCCCCUUCUCCGGCGUCCCCCUGACCCCCCGGGACGGGGCCAUGCGGCGCCUGGACGUGCCCCCCGACAGCCCCCCCCCGCCCCGCCGGGCCCUGGCACACACCCACUCGCUGGGGGGGGCCCCCACAAGGCCCCCUGGCCCGGGCCGGGGGCUCACCCGCAUGCACUCGCUGGGGACCCCGGGGGGGCCACCCUGGGGUCCCCGUCCUGGCACCCUGGAGCGCUCCCUCUCCCUGAAGCCCCCCAUCCUGCCCAAGCCCCUCCUGCUGCCGGCGGCCCCCGGGCGGCCCUGAGCCCCCCAUCAGGGACAGGGGGGGUCCCCCAGCCCCCACGGGACACCCCCUGCCCCGGGGACGGUCCCUUCGGAGCCUUGAGGGUCCCCAUGGCCCAGGCUGGGGUGUUUUUUUAUCCUUUCUAAUUUAUUUGCUGCUUUGGGGGGUCUCUGGAGCCGGGGACCCCCUGGGGACACGGUGGCUGCCCACGCCAGAGCUCAUUUGUCCUACUGUGUAGGACCAGGGCUCAACCACGGCCAUUAAACCCAUG